CACUUCACUUUCCUGAGUUUCCUCUGCCUUCUCUAUAAAUUUUAACCUAAGUUAUUUUUUAUGUUCUUCUCCCAAGCAACAACAAGACCGUAGUUAAAAUUUUAUAAUCUGUUUAUCUCCACACUUAUCUUCCCGCCAAAUUCCAUCUUCUGCGUUGUGUUUUUAUAAGAUCAUGAGUCAGCAGAACACCAGAGGAGGAUAUUCGGGUUCUAGAGGGAGAUCUUCACGUCCAAAUAGUGGUGCUUUUCACCAUCAAAGACAUGAUGGAGUGAAUAAGCCUUUUGCCAAUGAUUCUUUUGGCAGUAAGGAUGGAAUGUCUCAAUGUAGAGGGAGAUAUUUGCAUAAUAUGUCCCGAGGCAGUGGUUCAAAGCAGUUCAAUGGUAAACCCAGCUCGAAAUAUGUGUACCGGCAGAAGUCACCUGCAACUGAUGUUAUUCCAAAAUCUCCAGAGGCUGGGGGAAGUCAAUUGAGACAGCCAGAGUGCUUUGUGGCUUGUGGGGAUGGUCUUCAUUCAUUUACUGCUCAGUCUGAUUCUAAGAACCCUACACCUGAUCUUAUUCAAAACUCACCAGAGGCUGAAAGGAGUCAUAUGAAACAACCUGAGAGCUUUUCAUCACCAGAAUUGGUCAGUGGAGCUGAUCUUCCUAUAUUGCCUGUUCAUUUUGAUUCUAGGAACAUACAUCUGAAUAUGACUAGAAUGCAGAUCAAAGAAACCCCGGAAGAGGAGACAGAGGAAACUGCAACUGUGAAUAAUGAUUUCUCAUUCUCAGGUGAGGUAAAAGAUGAAUGGAUGGGAGGUGAGCCCUUAGUACCUGCCAUACAUCUGAAUAUGACUAGAAUGCAGAUCAAAGAAACCCUGGAAGAGGAGAGAGAAGAAACUGCAAUUGUGAAUAAUGAUUUCUCAUUCUCAGGUGAGGUAAACGAUGAAUGGAUGGGAGGGGAGCCCUUAGUACCUGCCAAAGCUGAUAUUCAAGAACAGGCUUUCCAAGAAAAAGAUGUCAAGAAUUUGGCAGGCAUUGGAGGUUCAGGGCCUUCUGUGCAGCAGGCGGUGAUGUUUCCCUUAGAUAUUUGUCCACCUAAGACUGGAAGUUGUAUUUCGCUUAAGCCUUCUCUUCUUGAAACAAAUAAACUUAAACGAAACCAAGUCAAGCUUGCCAUGGAAAGGCAAUCUGGAAAUGUGUUGAGGCCUGGGAUGGUAUUAUUGAAGAAUUAUUUAUCUAUCAGUGAUCAGGUCAAAAUAUUGAAAGAAUGCCGAAACCUAGGGCUGGGACCUGGAGGUUUCUACCAACCUGGUUACCGUGAUGGAGCGAAAUUGAAUUUGAAAAUGAUGUGCCUUGGUAAAAAUUGGGAUCCUGAGAAAAGUGCAUAUGAAGAUAUUCGGAGUGUAGAUGGUGCUAAACCACCCAUGAUUCCUGGUUAUUUCGAUCAGUUGGUUAGGAAAGCAAUACAAGAUUCCCAUGCUCUCAUAGGAAGAAAUUCUGGAGUGUGGAACGUAGAAAACGAACUUCCAAGGAUGUCCCCUGACAUCUGUAUUGUAAACUUUUAUGCAGAAAGUGGGAAACUUGGUCUCCAUCAGGAUCGAGACGAAUCUCAAGACAGUCUGGAUAAACGUUUACCUGUGGUCUCCUUUUCAAUUGGUGAUACUGCCGAAUUUUUAUAUGGUGAUGAGAGGGAUGUAGACAAGGCACAGAAGGUAAAUUUGGAAUCAGGAGAUGUUUUAGUAUUUGGUGGAAAAUCUAGACAUAUCUUUCAUGGUGUUAGUACUAUCAGUACAAAAACUACCCCGAAGGCUCUGCAAGAAGAAACAAAUAUCAUUCCCGGCCGUCUGAAUCUUACUUUCAGGCAGUAUUAAUUGUUUUAUGCUUGUAGCUGGGUCUUAGGUGAUUAUCUGUAAGGAAGACGUCUGGUCUUGCUGUAAUUGAUAACAUAGAAAAGUUUGAAGCGGUAUGUGUCUGACUUGGAUACGCUAUGGUAAAUGAAUGUUUAUAGUCCGCAAUCAAGAAGAACUACUGAAAUAUCAUUACUGAGUUCUGAUUAGAAAUGUCUUUUCUUGCUUGUACAAUUUCUAUGUUGAUUGAUAUGCUA